CCAGGGUCUCAGGUCCCCAGGACACCGCGCGGGAGAGGGGAAGCCCUGGGGCUCAGCCACCAUGAGUGAAACUUCUGAAGACUCCUUGAAGCCCAUUCUGCUAGAGCUGGAAUGCCACUUUACCUGGAACUUACUUAAAGAAGACAUUGACCUGUUUGAUGUGGAAGAUACCAUUGGGCAACAGCUUGAAUUUCUUACCACAAAAUCGAGACUUGCUCUUUAUAAUUUGCUAGCCUAUGUGAAACAUCUAAAGGGUCAAAAUCAAGAUGCACUAGCGUGCUUGGAACAAGCAGAAGAAAUCAUCCAGAGAGAACACUCAGAGGAAGAAGAUGUGCGCAGUGUGGUCACGUGGGGCAAUUAUGCCUGGGUGUCUUACCACAUGGAACGGUUUGAAGAAGUGCAGAAGUACAUAGACAAGGUUGGGGGCGUCUGCAAGAAGCUCUCCAGCUCUUCUUCACACAAGGUGGACCGUCCUGAGAUUGACUGUGAGAAAGGAUGGGCCCUCUUGAAAUUUGGAGGAAAGUAUUAUCAAAAGGCUAAAGCAGCUUUUGAGAAAGCUUUGGAGGUAGAACCUGACAAUCCAGAAUUUAACAUCGGCUAUGCCAUCACAGUGUAUCGACUAGAUGAUUCUGAUCGAGAAGGAUUUGUCAAGAGCUUUUCAUUGGGACCUCUCAGAAAGGCUGUAACCCUUAACCCAGAUAACAGCUAUAUUAAGGUUUUUCUGGCCCUGAAACUUCAAGAUGUACAUGCAGAAGCAGAAGGAGAGAGGUAUAUUGAAGAGAUUCUAGACCAAAUAUCGUCCCAGCCUUAUGUCCUUCGUUAUGCAGCUAAAUUCUACAGGAGGAAAAAUGCCUGGGACAAAGCCCUUGAACUUUUAAAAAAGGCCUUAGAGGUGACACCAACCUCUUCUUUCCUGCAUCACCAGAUGGGACUUUGCUACCGGGCACAAAUGAUCCAGAUCAAGAAAGCAACUCGCAACAGACCUAAAGGAAAGGAUAAACUAAAGGUGGAUGAGCUAAUUGCAUCUGCUAUCUUCCAUUUCAAAGCAGCUGUGGACCGAGAUUCGAUGUUUGCAUUUGCCUACACUGACCUGGCCAACAUGUACUCAGAGGGAGGCCAGUACAGCAAUGCUGAAGAUGUUUUCCGGAAAGCCCUCGCUCUGGAGAACAUAACCGAUGACCACAAACAUCAGAUCCACUACCACUAUGGCCGCUUUCAGGAAUUCCACCGUAAAUCAGAAAGUACUGCCAUCCAUCAUUAUUUAGAAGCCUUAAAGGUCAAAGAGAGGUCUUCCUUGCGCACAAAACUGACAGGUGCUCUGAAGAAACUGGCUAUGAAGAGACUGUGUUGCAACGCUUUGGAUGUGCAGAGCUUAGGUGCCUUGGGUUUUGUUUACAGGCUUGAGGGGGAGAAGAGGCAAGCUGCUGAGUACUAUGAGAGGGCACAAAAGAUAGAUCCAGAAAAUACAGAAUUUCUCACUGCUCUCUGUGAACUUCAACUUUCUAUUUAAGUACAUACUGUAGGAAAUUACUUCCAUUUGUGAUUCCCAUAUGUUCAUUGUUUUAACUCAUUGUUCCGUUUAGAACCCAGUAUCCUUUCUUUCUUUCUUUCUUUCUUUCUUUCUUUCUUUCUUU